CUAAAUCUGCAGUCAUUUGAAUUCUGUAACGACCACUAAAAGGACUACACCAUGUUGUUUCGGGAUGGAAAUACGUUUUGUGUUAUAUUAUCAUUAAGUAUAUGUUUUGCAUUGGUGCAUUCGCAAGGAACUACUACGGGACAGCAAAAUGCAGUGGCAUUUCCAUCCCAAACAAUGUUUCUAGGUCAGGAAACUGGCGCUAAUUCCGGACAAACUAGUAAUUCCAAUGGACUUCAAACCCCUAAUGCCUUUACUGCAUUCACUGGAACGCCUUUCGCGACUGUUCCCGAACAGGCCAAUCAAUCUCAGUUUGGACUCGCAUCAUUUACAGGACAAGCAGCUACCACAACAAACGGACAGAUGACAAACUCCAUGUUUCCAAGCACAACGACGGGUACAAAUGGUACUCCCGGAUUCACUGGGCAAGUUCCCGGAAUGAAUGGAUUUCCACAACCACCCCAGACAAUGAACAGCGUGUUUCCAACACAGAACGGUAUCCAACCAUUCCCCGGUCAGCAGAACAGACCAACUGGUUUCCCAGGGCAACCGGGAGUGCAGACAAUGUUCCCUCAGACGUCAGGACAGCCAACACCAGGACAAGGAAUUCCAAUGUUUGCAGGACAACCAGGUGCGCAAACUGGGUUCCCAGGGCAACCAGGCGUACAACCCGGAUUUCCAGGGCAACCGCGUCCAUCCGUCUUUCCGACAACCGUGUUUCCAGGACAAGCUCAGCCAUUUACACCCCAGAACACAGCUGUUUUUCCUGGACAAAUAGGUGUUCCUGUUCAAGCCGGAUCCACUGAUCCACAGGGAGGAGGCCAGACAGGAAAUACAAUCAGUGGAACUAAUCAAGUUACUACCCCAACUACCGGGGGACAACAACAGCCAGGAAUUAUCACCGGUCAAGGUCAAACUUUUAUCAAUGGACAGACCGGACAACAGCCUGGACAACAACCAGGACAACCAAUGAUCCCUGGCGGUCAGUUUGGACCUCAAGCUGGACAAUUUGGACAACAAACUGGCCAAUUCGGACAACAAACCGGACAGUUUGGACCACAAACUGGACCCCAGAACGGACAGUUUGGACCACAAACCGGACCCCAGAACGGACAGUUCGGACCACAAACUGGACCCCAGAAUGGACAAUUCGGACCUAAUGGACAAUUUAGACCAACUGGACAAUUUGGUCCGAAUGGUCAGUUUGGUCCCCAAAAUGGACAGUUUGGCCCGAAUCCAUUCAACCCCUUCGGACAGAGACAAGGCCAGUGUCAUUUGACCGGUUGUCCCGUUGGUUCACAAUGUGUUUUCGCCCCAACUGGUGCCCACAUGUGCCCGACUUGGAUCCCAAUACUGCCUUGUGGAUGUCGCCAGGGAUGUCAGGCACAAAAUCUAUUUAUUCCCCUGGGACAGUCCCGCCAAAUCGACAGGUGUGGAAACACGUGUACCUGUAAUAGCCCGGAUGGAACGGCUGCGUGUACGAUGAUGGCAUGUCCUUCUCCACAACAACAACAACAGCAACAACAACAAGGUCAACAAGGUCAACAAGGUCAACAAGGACAGCAACAGCAACAACAACAGCAACAACAGCAACAGCAACAACAAGGAAAGUAGGUCAACACUUGAUGACGUCAGUAUUUCUCGAGUCACCUAAGACAAGACCUUCAGCCACAGAGAACCAAAUGCCAACGACGUAACUAAUACCCAACAAACGAUAACCAGCCUUCAUAUGUGGUGAUGUGCACUUAUUUUCGACAAAAAGAAAGAGAACAAUUCCCGGGUCAAAGGUCGAUGAACCAAAAGUAUUGACGCUCGAAUUUGAUAAUAAAAUCCGGCUGUAGAAUUGUCCUCUUUCUACUGAUUUACAACCUAAUAGUUGUGCUUGUAAAUCAAUUAAAAAAAGUCCCAAAGAUUAGUCCAAUUACAAGUGUAAGUCUAAGAAAAAUCUUGCGUACGAAAAACCUGUGUCAAUGCAUUCAAGCAAUUAGAGAGUUCCGAACGGACUGGAGGACAUUGACAGUCGAACCCUUAUUGUAUCCUAUGGAUAAACAUGUAAUUGGGUUCAUUUUCGGUAAAUUGGACCAGAGAGCUUUUAGGUUCAGAUUUGACUGUAAUGCAAGAGUUUUGAAUGAGAGAAAGUAUGAAGGGAAAAGUGCGGAAGUGAUAAUAAAACAGUAGCAAGAAUGACGAUAUGUAGAGAUUGAAUGGUGUUUGAAUGUGUGUGUUUUUUAUAAAAAAAAAAAAAAUAUGCAUAUUUUUUAUGUAUGUACCAUAAAGUCACAAAAAUAUGUGUUUUUAAAAAGUGAAUAAAUUGUUAAGUUAUUCA